AUGUCCUCCCCGCCAUCAACAUAUAAGCUUCUGAGCUGCACCAGAUAUGAUCCCUUUCUUCGUACCCUGAACUGGAACAACGACAGCGAUGGCAAACCGUCUCCCUUCUUACUGCUGCGCUUCCACGUUGACCGACUCGUCGACGCUGCGGAACGGCACGCAUGGGUAGCGGCAAAGGCUGCGAUUUCAUUAGACACCGUCAAGGCUGCAUGUCAGGAACUAGUGGACAACGUACCUGAAUUCGCUUCAAAACCUUUGAAGAUUCGGUUGCUCCUUGAUGAGGCUGGUCGCUUCAGCGGGGCUGCGACAGUGAUAGCUCCCUUGGUGUCUGACCCCCUUAUAUCCCUGACGUUUGAUCCUUCCACUGAAGGCUUGAUUUUUGGCCCGAUCUACAACAUCUACCUCGACACUCAACCUACUCCAUCUUCCAUCUUCACCUCCACGAAGACUACGGAACGCACCGUCUACGAGGCUUCGCGCGCCCGCAGAACAAAGCAAACAGGGAUCAUCUCUGACCCACAUCCUGACGAUAUAUUGCUUUAUAAUGAUGACGAAUUAGUCACGGAGUCAACUAUCUGCAAUGUUGCUUUGUAUCGAGACAAUAGAUGGCUAACACCGUCUGCAUCCACUGGAUGUCUCCCUGGUGUGUUCCGACGCUGGCUACUUGAGCUUGGGCGAAUACACGAAGAUACCUUGGGAGAACUGCAUAUUUCCUCCGUUAAGGAAGGAGAUUGGGUUCUAUUAUUCAACGGAGUGGCUGGUUGUCGUUUAGGGCGCGUUGUGAAGUCACCUGCUGUCAUUUGA